GCUCUGCAUCCUCCUUCCGUUCCUCGGCAGCACCCGGGCCCGGUCCCCACCCGCUCGCACCCCACCCGCGGGAAGGAGGCCUCGGGAAUGCAGGGGAGUGGCUGUGGGGGCGCGUCGCCGCUCGGCCAGCCCCUCUGCCCAAACACGGGCUGCUCCCCAUUGUAAAGCUGCUCCGGGAGAAGGAGGACGGCGUGCUGCUCCCUGUGCGGGGCUGCGGGGAAUCUCCGCGUGCUGAAGCCCGGGCAUCCUUUUAGGGUGGGGCGGGGAGGGCCCUGGCUUUUGGGGAGUGGACCUGGAGGAGGACCGGAGCAGGGAAAGGACUCUGUAGCGGACUCGGUGAGAGACUAUGGGGAAGGACCAGGAGCUGCUAGAGGCUGCUCGUACUGGCAAUGUGGCUCUGGUGGAGAAACUCCUAUCUGGCAGGAAAGGAGGGAUCCUGGGUGGUGGAUCCGGACCUCUGCCCCUGUCUAAUCUGCUAAGCAUCUGGCGAGGUCCCAACGUGAACUGCACGGACAGUUCGGGUUACACCGCUUUGCACCACGCAGCCUUAAAUGGACAUAAGGACAUAGUUCUCAAACUACUUCAAUUCGAGGCGUCCACCAAUGUCGCAGACAACAAGGGUUACUUCCCCAUUCACCUGGCUGCCUGGAAAGGAGACGUGGAGAUUGUGAAGAUUCUUAUCCAUCACGGGCCUUCACACUCCAGAGUCAAUGAACAGAACAACGAGAACGAAACCGCCCUCCACUGUGCAGCGCAAUACGGGCAUUCGGAAGUAGUGGCGGUUCUCCUAGAGGAGCUCACCGAUCCCACCAUUAGGAACAGCAAGCUCGAAACGCCGCUGGACUUGGCAGCGCUCUACGGUCGGCUGAGGGUGGUGAAGAUGAUCAUCAGCGCGCACCCAAACUUAAUGAGCUGUAACACGCGGAAGCACACGCCGCUCCACCUCGCGGCCCGCAAUGGUCACAAGGCCGUGGUGCAGGUGCUGCUGGAGGCGGGGAUGGACGUGAGCUGUCAAAGAAGGGAGUGCUCUUCACUGGCAGCGUUGUUUGGGAAGGUGGAUGUGGUGCGAGUUCUGUUAGAAACAGGAAUUGACGCCAACAUAAAGGACAGUCUAGGUAGAACCGUCUUAGACAUUCUGAAAGAGCACCCGUCUCAGAAGUCUCUCCAGAUUGCAACGCUCCUGCAAGACUAUUUGGAAGGCGUGGGAAGGUCGGUGGUCCUGGAGGAAGAGCAUGCUCAGGAAGACACAGCACAAGAGACACGCCUUUCGUCUCCUGCCCAGUCUCCUUCUCAAAAGACUAAAAGUGAAACUGUCACUGGAGAACUAUCAAAACUCCUGGAUGAAAUAAAACUCUGUCAAGAAAAGGAUUAUUCCUUUGAAGAUCUGUGCCAUACGAUCUCAGACCACUACUUAGAUAAUUUGAGCAAGAUCUCAGAGGAAGAACUUGGGAAAAAUGGAAGCCAGAGUGUAAGAACUUCAUCUACAAUAAAUUUGUCACCAGGAGAAGUGGAAGACGAAGAGGAGGAUCCAAACUCUUGUGGACCCACGGGACUUUGGGAAGCGCUAACUCCUUGUAACGGAUGUAGGAACCUUGGCUUUCCCAUGCUCGCACAGGAGUCUUAUCCAAAGAAGAGGAAUUACCCCAUGGAAAUUGUGCCAUCUGCUUCUCUGGACACAUUCCCUUCAGAAAAUGAGAACUUUCUUUGUGAACUCGUGGACACGGCUGUGACAAAGAAGCCUUGCUCCUUAGAAAUCGCAAGGGCACCUUCUCCGAGAACUGAUAAUGCCUCUGAGGUAGCAAUUACUGCUCCAGGAACUGGUCACCAUAGAAACAGCUCUACAGGCCCAACACCUGACUGCUCACCUCCAUCCCCCGACACUGCCCUAAAAAAUAUCGUAAAAGUUAUCCGACCUCAGCCAAAACAACGAACAUCUAUUGUGUCGUCUCUGGAUUUCCAGCGAAUGAAUCAUAACCAAGAAUACUUUGAAAUCAGCACAUCUACAGGCUGUACCAGCUUUACUUCGAGCCCUCCAGUGAGCCCACCCACCUCUUCUGUGGAAACCACAGAAAUCAAGAAUGAGGGAGCUGAACACACAGAUGACCUCUCUCAGCAGGAAGAUGACGAACCCCCAAAAGAGUAUGAUGCUGGGCAAUUCGCAGGCCUUCUCCACGGAUCCUCUCCAGCCUGUGAGUCUCCAGAAAAUCCGUUUCAUCUGUAUGGGAAAAGAAAUCAAGGUGAAGACGAACAAGAGGAAGCCAGCUUGGCAAACAGUCCUUUGCCUUUCAAACAGACUCCAAUAGAAAAUAACCCAGAGCCUUCCGUGAAGAAAAUUAAACCCAAAGUGGUCAGUAGAACGAUUUUCCACAAAAGAAGCCACCAACUUGAGAACCAUACCAUCGUUGGCACAAGAAUGUCCAGGAGUGGAUCCCGCAACGGCGACCAAUGGGGUGUGAAUCCAGGGGGCUUUGUGGAGAGAGCGUGUACUCUAGGGAGAAUAAGGUCAUUGCCUAAAGCCCUGAUCGACAUGCAUUUAUCCAAAAAUGUCUCCAAGUCCGAUUCCGAUCUUAUUGCGUACCCUUCCAAGGACAAAGCGAGAGUUAACUGGAGCAAAUCGUCAACUGCAGAGCGCAGUUCCAAAGAUAAUUCUGAAAGAACGCCUUCCUUCACAUCUGAAUGGGAAGAAAUCGACAAAAUAAUGAACUCGAUUGACGUUGGAAUCAACAGUGAACUUGAAGGGAUGAACGGUGAGGCCACCAGACCCAGAUGCCCUGUCCAAACAGUAGGACAAUGGUUGGAAAGCAUUGGGCUACCUCAGUACGAGAACCACCUGACGGCUAAUGGAUUUGACAAUGUACAGUUUAUGGGAAGCAAUGUUAUGGAAGAUCAGGAUUUGUUGGAAAUUGGAAUCCUUAACUCUGGUCACAGACAAAGAAUUCUACAGGCGAUCCAGCUGCUUCCAAAGAUGAGGCCCAUCGGCCAUGAUGGCUACCAUCCCACCUCUGUAGCUGAGUGGCUGGAUUCCAUCGAGCUGGGUGACUACACAAAAGCCUUUCUCAUCAAUGGCUACACGUCGAUGGACCUGUUGAAAAAGAUCUGGGAGCUUGAACUUAUUAACGUUUUAAAAAUCAGUUUGAUUGGCCACAGGAAGCGCAUUUUGGCAUCUCUGGGAGACAGACUGCACGAGGAUCCUCCACAGAAGCCCCCUCGGUCCAUCACCCUCAGGGAACCCAGUGGUAAUCACACUCCUCCUCAGUUGUCUCCAUCACUUAGCCAAAGCACUUACACCACUGGUGGCUCCCUAGACGUCCCUCACAUUAUCAUGCAGGGCGAUGCAAGGAGGAGAAGAAAUGAAAACUACUUUGAUGAUAUUCCCCGAUCAAAGCUGGAGAGGCAGAUGGCUCAGCAGUCGUCUGUCUGUGAAAUCUGGACCAAUCAGAAUGCUGGAUUUCCUUUCUCAGCGAUCCAUCAGGUUCAUAAUACAGGGGACUGGGGAGAACCUUCCAUCACCUUGCGACCUCCUAAUGAAGCCACGGCCUCAACCCCAGUCCAGUACUGGCAGCAUCACCCAGAAAAGCUCAUCUUCCAGUCGUGUGACUACAAAGCCUUUUAUUUAGGUUCUAUGCUGAUAAAAGAGCUGAGGGGAACGGAAUCAACACAGGACGCUUGCGCAAAGAUGCGGGCUAACUGUCAGAAGUCUACGGAGCAAAUGAAGAAAGUCCCCACUAUCAUUCUUUCCGUCUCAUAUAAAGGAGUCAAAUUUAUUGAUGCGGCAAAUAAGAACAUAAUUGCCGAGCAUGAAAUUCGUAAUAUCUCUUGUGCUGCCCAGGACCCAGAAGACCUCUCAACCUUUGCUUAUAUCACAAAAGAUCUGAAGUCCAACCACCACUACUGUCACGUGUUUACUGCCUUUGAUGUGAAUUUAGCCUAUGAAAUCAUCCUAACGCUGGGGCAGGCAUUUGAGGUCGCUUACCAGCUAGCUCUACAAGCAAGAAAAGGGGGCCAUUCCUCCACGCUUCCGGAGAGCUUUGAGAACAAGCCCUCGAAACCCAUCCCAAAGCCCCGAGUUAGCAUUCGCAAGUCAGUGCAGAUCGACCCUUCUGAGCAAAAGACUCUGGCCAAUCUGCCGUGGAUUGUGGAGCCGGGGCAAGAAGCCAAGAGGGGCAUUAAUACCAAGUAUGAAACCACGAUUUUCUGAUACCCGCCGCCCCGUCCUCGCGGUGCCUUGCUCGCCAAGCAGUCCCCGCAGCAGGCUUUCCUUCGCGCCUCCGUGUCCACCCACCCCGGGAGGAAGACCGCUCCAGCUCGCGUGGCCUCGUCACGGGCGGAAGGGCGACGGCCAUCCCUAGGGAGCCUUCUGCCAGCGAGACUUUGACGCCCCUUAGAGGCGCGAGGGGGGCUGCGCGGGGCGCCCCAACUCCGCUACCACCGCCUCCUUCGAGGUACUGCUCAACUGCCCCGUAUUUGCUUUGCUUUAGUUGGGGGGAGAAUACCUUUUUAAAAGUGAAGGGUGGGGAGAGGGAGGGUCUCCAGUACUGCCUAAAAGUCUAAACAUCUUGGGUUAAGUUUUCACUGUUAGCCAUUUCGAAGGGAAAGUCAGAACAGUACUACACACCCCUCCAACCCCCCAAAAGCAUCUGUAAAAUCAUUGUAUUACUGAGUACAAUUUCAUGCAAAAAGACAAAGCAACCCUCACCAGGAAAUUCUGCCCCCACCCCACCCGAUUUCUAUAUUUGUGGAUUUUAUAUGUAAUCAACUAUGUCAGAUAAAGGAAACCUUUAUUGAAUGAUUCAAAAAUUUAAAAAGUGAUUUAAAGCAGAGGAAUUUAUUAUGCACAGAAAAAAUGUGUCUUGUAUUAAAUAUUUUUAUUAAAAGAAUGUUUCAUUAAUGCAUUCAUAUGAAAACUAGGUUUUGUUGUGCGGGAUGUUUCUGGUUUCAUUUCAAAUGACUACAUUCCUACAGCUACUUGCCCUGAGGACCUGGCUUAGUUGUGGUGAAACCCUGAUGUCCUUGCCUCCAGAGCGGAAGAAAAGGCUAGGCUCAGGGGUGACCGGAAGUGCUGACUCACCCAUAGCCUGCAUAAGUGUUUUUUUUGGGGGGGGUUGCUUUGGGGUUUUUUUUGUUUUGUUUUGUUUUGUUUUGUUUUAGCCUUUGAGGUGUUUUAAUGAACAUGUUUAACGAAAAUAAAAGCUAGGGCUCCUGCUGUCAAGAUUUCUGUCAAGGAAACCUUGUUUGAGAACAGUGUUAAUAAAAUUCUAUUGCAAAAUUCUUUUCUAGAAAAAAAAAUAAAUAACACAAAAAAAAGAAGAAAUUCCAAAGUAAUAAAAACUUUUCUUGAAACAGAUUAAAAAAAAGAUGUUUGCUUACUAUUUGAUUAAAUAAAUUUACUUACGUUUCUUUAAGGUAUUUUAAUUUUUUUAAUGUCUCUGUGGAGUAUUUGUAUGAUACCAUAAUGUAUAUUUCUGUAGAAACAAAUUAUAUAAACAGUAUCAAUAUCAUUAUAGAAAAAUAACAUUUUAAUGUAUAUUGUUCUAACCAAUCAUAUUGUGAAUCAUUUUGAAGUUCAUUAUAGCGAUAUUGAUAAAUUGUGAACUUGUCUUAAUGUUUUUUUUUUAUUAACCAAUAUCAUUUUAAACCUGAGAUUAUCACAUUCAUCAGGUGGUGAGUUUUGAAGACAAACUAAAUUUCAUUUCAACUGACAAAUGUAUAUGGUUUUAGUUCAGUGUUGAAGAAUUUUAAUACAAUAUUAAAUUACUUGAACUGAAUAGUUCCUUGUAUAUAUUUUGCCUAUUCCCUGUUGAUAUGUAUGUAGUAAACAGAGAAGAGAAUAACAUUAAAAUAUGGUUACCAAAAGGAACUUGUAUAGGAGGAGCAAAGCAGCCAACAGCUUUGCUGGGACACAAGCAUAUGUGUAAACAAGCUUGGGCUUCCAGAUAUAAAUUUUGUAAUUUUUGUCAUUAUUUAUAUCCUAUAUUUAAAAAAAAAAGCACACAAAAUAAAACAGAAGUUGUACAGUGGCUGGUGCCUGGCAUCGUGUUGUGAGCACCUCCCCUCUUCCACUGAGGAGCAGGACCAAAGGCCCACCCAGCCCUCUCCACAGAUAGAGACUUGUUUUUCAAUUGGCGACAUCAGUGAGGGGGGGAAAAAAAGCUUGCUCAUUUCCAAGUUCACGCAGUCUGAAAAAGGAAUACUGUCUUCCGAAGCUUGAAUCUCAGCCAUAAGCCACCAGGUCUUUUCAUUGUCUCUUUAAAAGUGGUGUAGAAGGGGGAAAUUGGCAAGACAGACAUUUCUAAACAGAGGGGAACACAGACAGACAGACAGACACACAGACACACACACACACACAUACCCCAGACUGCGUAUGUGGCAUAACACAGCUUGCAUGGGAAGCAGCCCCCUGCACAUUGCUUAUACAUCCUGAGUCCUUUCAUCUUUUUUCCUAAAACGUGUGCACCCGCUAUAAAGUGGGUGAUGGGCUCGUCAGAGCUGGGCUGAUUCUGUGGCCGGUGACCACCAUGCCUCAGGUCCCUCAACCUCCAUCACCCAUGGCCCAAUCCGUGACUGCCACCCUUGAAAACCCAAAGCAGUCUGAGGGUGCUCUCUGCCUGUCACUCAGAGGCCUGGGACGUUGAACCCAAAAAAGCUAGACUUAUGAAAGCCGGGCUGAAAUGGGGCCCGGGGCCUGGGAUAGCUCAGGCGGGGGUUUUCCACUCUGAUGUUUCCACUGGGCCAGUUUGUUUCUUUGUCUCUAUUUUCUCUGUUCAUCCCGCUGGGUGUUUGUAUCCAUGAUGAUUCCAGCAUGAAGUACGUAGCACACUCCAGUUAGGAGAAAUUUAAAGAUACAAGAUUAGCGUGGUGGUGAGAUGAGACAGUGUUCUCGUGCUGGCGGCAACCUGAAGGGGCAAUAAGGACAAAGAAGGCCAUGUGGCAGGGUUAGCCCCCUCCAGACCAGGGAUACAACGGACAGUUGUGGUGAGCCUCAGAAAGGCAGGGGAAACCUUCCCUCUCCGUUCCUCACCCAUGGCCAGAGCAAGGCAGGGAGUGAAAGGGAUAUACCUGAUGCAGAAAAGCCAGCUCAGGCAUGGCAGGUGGGAUUUAUAGCUGGUUUUGUUUAAAGGGAAGGCCUGAUAUUUGAUAAAUGCAGUAACCAGCGGUUGAGAGUGACAAGCCCUUAAAUGUGAACAUUAAUCAAAGGAGAACUUAAACGGCCCCCUUUACAGAAGGACUUGAAUUCAAUCGAUCCAUUUAAUUUUUUUCUUAUUAAACCGUGCUCUGUAAUAAAUCUGAGUGAAUGGACCCUAUGAAAACUCUGCUGGGCUUAUUAAUAAGUCAUGGAAGUGGUUUUUCUCAAGUCGGACUGCUUGGGAAUGUUGCCAGCCUAUCUGAUGUUUGGAUGAGACGGAAUAGACGUUUAAGCAUAAAGGGCAGAUGACCACAGUCUCGAAAAUCAGUCAACAUUUGCACUUGGACUCCAAGUAAAUGUUACUCCUACUUCUAAAAUGAAUUGAAGAUUUGGGGAGUAGUCUAGUUUCCGGUGAGCUAGAAUGUAACGCCUACGUUCAGAAAUCUGUAUGGAAUAAAAGCCUCUUUGCUGAC